CGUGGUUUUAUAGUAAAAAUAAUAAUAUUUUCUUUUGCAGUACAAGUUCAGCAAUUGCCAGUGUCUGGGCAAGAACGCCACUGCCACGAAUGGGUACUGCCCUCUGGAGUGCGACAGGCUGGUGUGGUACGUUGUUAUUUUCUCCAUCUUUGUUCUAAUUCACUCCACGUCGGAAGUAGGCUCCAUGUUAUUAACGCUCAGAUGUGUGGAACCGCAAGACAAAGCCCUUGCCUUAGGACUAAUAUACUUUGCUAUUGGUCUCUUUGGUAAUGUCCCUUGUCCAAUCAUCUAUGGUGCUGUUGUCGAUUCCGCGUGCUUAUUUUGGGAAGAAAGCGAAUGUGGGGAGAGGGGAGCAUGCCGAAUCUAUGAUCCGACAAAGUUUCGAAUGUACUUCCAUGGAAUAACGGCAGCCAUCAUGUUAGGAGCAUUCGUAGUGGACGUAAUAGUUUGGUACAAAUCAGAUUCCAUUCAAUUUCACGAAGACGAAGAUAUCAGUUUGCCCAAGGAUACCAUGGCUGCUGAAGUCUCACGAUGCACUCAGUUUGAAACCAGUGUGUAGUUCGUUUUAAAACCGAUAGAUGGCAAUGCAUGAGGAUCAAAUGGAAUUGGGAUAUGUAAUGAAUACGCGUUUACCGUUUAUUUCCUUAGUAAAUCCCGAGUCUCAGGAUUUGUGGUGUAGAAGUGAUAUGAUACUGUCAAGCCAAUUUUUUUUGUGAGAAUGGCAAACAUUUGAACAUAAAUACAGAACGUUUAUGUAGUAAAUACUUCUAACGAAAUUUAUAAUAUGUGAAUGUAAGUAUAUAAAAGAAAAAAGUAAUUUUUCCGGUGACCAUGAAUUAUGAUUUAAGCUAAACUAAUUUGAUUUGUAAUGCAUUCUAUAUAAAUCAGAGAUUAGUUGAACUGUGGUAAAUAGUAUAUUCACAACUAGAUGGCGCCCCCUUAAAUCCUUAAAAAUCGUCUGGUACAAAUUCAAGAAGUGAAAAGCGUGCAGAUUUAUUACAAGUUGAUAUUAAAUACAUAUUUUAUUUUAUCGAGGUUAACAAAAACAAACCGUUAUCAAGUUACGCAAAUAACAAAACCAGAAUUAUCUGAUCGAUUAUGUGGAAUGUAUAUAAUAUGGUAUGUAAUCAUAUAUUUAUAUAGGAUUUUCAAGAAUAUGCAGCACUGAUGCUACUACUAAUUUAUUCUUGAGAAUUAUUCAGUCAAACUAACUGUUUAACACGCUAAAGAAUAAACGCGAAAUCCAAACAAUCAUUCGAUUUAUCACUUGUCACUGAGUUAUACCAGUUUUUGGGAGUUUCAUGUGUCUUCAGUAACCUUGGACAAGGACAGAUCGAAAGAGUAAAACUAGGCUUCAUGAAGUGAUGGAAUGUAUAAUAAUAUUUUAGUAUAUAAUAUGGUGUUUAUUAUUUUCAAAAUGUGUAAGUGUAACGCCUCACAACAUUCUGAAUGUAAGUAGGAUUUAUUGUUUUAAUUAUUAGAUAUUAAUUUAGUCAGAUGCAUGUUUUAAAACGUUGUGUAACAAUAAUAAACUUUUACUCAUUAACGACACAACAGAGUACGUCAUUAUAAUAUUUAAAUAAAUUGUUCUUCCAGAUCGGGAGCUACAGUUAGUGAAAAAUAAUACAGAAUACAUAAAAUUUUAUUCAAAGCAUUAUAAAAAAAAAAAUCAAAUCAAAAAUCAUUUCGUGAAGAAAAACGAAUUUUAUAAUUUAUUUCUUUUUAAAAUGGUUUCCCUUUACAAUUGUACGACAAAUGUAUAUAUAUAUUGUUCGCCAAAACCAACACAAUGUAGUGGUAUUGUUUGAAAAAUAAAGCACUGUAAAUUAUCGAAUAACUA